AUGGACGACAAACCAUUCCAUUUGGGGAACCCUGCUUUUCCUGUUCCUGCAAUGGACACCCCCUCGUCUGCUGAAGAUGUGGAGGCUGCGCCACGUCCAUCGUAUCCCGAAACGACAAUCCCAUUGAGUGUCCGAAACGAGACAGAUAGCGUCGCGCACACACACACCGCUGUCCAUCACGAACAUGCGGGUGCUUUACUGCAAUCAUCUGACCUAUCCCAUGGUCAAAUUGGAUUGCAGACCAUUCAACCUAGCGCAUUGACAGUCGGGGAUGAUGUGUUGACUCCACCAGGAUCUGUCCGUCUUGGUCCGGCCGAAUUCGCCGUGGCCCUGCCCAUGGAUUCCAGGGUGAAAGAUGAUUAUGAGAAGGUGCUUACAAAGGGAGCUUCAACAAUUGAUGAUUUCUUGUUGCCUUCCAGCACCCCAAGUUCCCAGGCUGCAUACCCUGAUCAUAGAGAGCCAUUGCGGUCUAAGGUUUAUGAAUUGAUCACUCGACUCAACAAUGUGUGCACUCACCCUGAUCUGAAUGUCUACGAGCACUUGGACAUGACAGGCGCCGAUCUAGGGAAACAGGCUUUGUGGGCGGAGUAUUCCAGCACCAAAUUCCUGUUUCUUGGGUAUUUUAUUGAACUCGCAAGCGCGCACGAGCUUCACAUUAUCAUCGCUGUCCAAAAUGACAAGAAACAAAACGUUGUUGAGCAGUACUUGCGAGGUAGAGGUUUUGUUUACACUCGUCCCCGGGAACAGAUGGGUGAGAACUCGGAAGUCUCUUUAGCAAGGGGCUCUUUGAGCUUUGGUGUUCACUCGAGCGGAAACAUCCGAGACAUGUUCAGAGCUCCUUCUGCCAUUUUCGUUUUUGAUGCGACCUUCAAUCCCAAAAGCCCGUCUGUGGAAUACCUUCGCACCACAUACACUCGAAAUGGUGGCCUCCUUCCCAUUAUUUGGUUUCUCAUUUCCAACACUUGUGAACACAUUCAGCGCUGUCUACCUGAUGUUACCGAGGAUAAGCGACUCCGACUGCUCCUGCGCUGCACUGAUCGAUUUCACGAUGCUGUGGGUGAUCUCCAGGAUGAGGCCCUCAACGUGCAAGAGGAUGCUGAAGAAAUCUUCCAUUACUUAACGCACGGCUCUACUUAUUGGCCACUGCCCACCGUUGAGCCAUUGGAUAUGGCGUUUUUCGAGGCACUGGUAUCCGCCGAAGGAUCAGAAGCGGCAGAAGGGUCGGACAAGGCGUCGCAAGCAGCCGCUCAGAAGCGCUCGUUGGUGAGUUCUCAUUUUUUUCAGCCCUUUUGCUACUCGCAACUGACUAUUAUCCAGCCCGAGCACGAUCAAGAGGACCACAUAUCUAAGCGUGCCAAAUUUGAUCUUCUACUAGAUACCACUCAGCUGUCCCAAUCGACCAAAGGCCCCACGCAAAGUUUGGAUCAAGAACUUCGAUCUCUAGAAACAAACCUCGUCCAAAUGAAAGAAACCCAUGGUGCUGAGAUAGAGGAGUUUAAGAACGAUCUAUCUGCAUGGAAGGCACAAUACUUUGACAUGGAAAAGACGUUGGGUCAUCUUCAGCAUCGCUUCGAGAGCCAAAGAACUGAAUUACACGACAUCCGGAAGAAAAACAAGAGCCUGGAAUCGACCGUAAUAACGCUGCAACAACGACCUGAUAAAUCGAAAGACGACAUCUCAAAGUUAAAAGAGGAACGAACUCAACUGAAAAAGGAGCUCGAGGAGGUCCGCCAAGAACUCAAGAAUGGUGUCGCAUCAUUGGCAGAUCUUGAGACAGCCCGUGAAGAGAUUCGUCUCUUGAAAAAGGAAAAUGCCAGCCUAGAACGCAAGGCCGAAUACGAACGAAACCAGGCGGAAUACACUCGCGAGCAAUACCAAAACGCAUCGAACGCCGCUGCUCAGGCUGGAAAUGAAUCGCGUACCCUGCAAGCUGAGAAUGACUCUCUCACGAUGAAGCUCAAGAAUGAAUUCAACACUUUACGACAGCUCACCACCGAGAACGACGCAAUCCGUCACUUGACCCGUGUUGAGGAACUAGAGAUCAUCCUUGACAACCGCAACGAGCUCUUACGAAAGAGGGAGGAAGAACUGCGAGAAAUCCGUAAGAAUCGACCUUCGACCCGCUCGACCAGUACCCAACCACGCAGCCCGAAGUGGGGUGCAUCCAGCCGUCAAACAAGCCCCGUUGUGCCUGGGAAUGGAAACGGCAAUGGUGGUGGUGGUGGUGGUGGUGGCCUUCCAGGCCGAGGUAGUGGCUUACGCUUCAGCUCGGAGGCUCUGCCAUGA